CUCCUCCUCCUCCUCCUCCUCCUCGCUUCCUCCAUUUCUGCUUGCAAAGGUGCACCAAUGCCAUCCCAAGCGCUUGAUUCAGAUGAGGAUUUGCAGCUCUUGAAAGAGAUAGACGAUGCAUGUUCUGCUUACCUGUCCACAGAUUCUCAGCCUCAGGUGUCCACUACACUGGAAGAACUUUGUUUUUUGGUCAUGGGAUUUCUCCAGAAACCACAGGGUUUAGAUGAGAAAGCCAACACCAAAAGGUUUUUAUUUCAUUAUUCUAAGACUCAUGACUCGGGAAACUCAGACAUCAUGUCGUCUGUCCUGCAUCCUUUACUGCAACUCGUUCCUCAGCUUAAUGAGAGAAGACUGAAGAGAUACAAACUGGACGAAGAACUUCAAGGACCAGGAAUGAUUCAAAGCAGAGGCUAUUUUUUCUACAGGCCACGUAAUGGAAGGAGAUCAGUGGAUUUUCGCUAAGGAGGAUUAUAGAUUCCUGAUCUAGAACUAAAACUGCAGGAAUGCAGAGUACAUGGACAUACUAUUUUCCUUACAAUAAUUAUUCAUUAUUAAUGUACAAUUAGAAAUCACUCAAAUGUAAAUAUUCUUAAACCAGAUUCUGUUAAGAAGGUCUUUACUAUCUUGAUUAUAUUAAAAGCAUAUUAAAAUUAUUUGCUUCCUAGUGUUAUGGUGUUUACAACCAACCACAUGUAAUUCAACUGUAAAAGAGUCAGUGUUUGCAUGCAACAGACAUUGACUCUAACAACCUUGUUAAGCAAAUUUUCCCUUCUAAAUAAAGGCCCUCUGCCAGAGAGUUGUUUUAAUGAGAA